GUAUAAAAGUUGCUGAGUCUCCCAGGUGCUCCAUUCGCUCAGCUUUGCUCUGCUCUCUGUGUUGCCAGAACAGGGAAGGGGUCACUGCUCAAAGAUGUGCUCCCGACAGAGCUCCGGAGGCUGCCAUGAGACGUCCUCCCAGUCCGGGGGGUGCCACAGCGGGGGCUCGUGCUGCCACGGGGGCAGCUCCUCCAGCUACCAGGCGCAGGGCUCCUCUUGCUGCGGGGGUGGCAGCGGGGGCUCUGCCCAGGUCAUUGUGAGCUCCGGCGGUGGAGGAGGGGGCUCCUGCUGCGGUGGGGGCUCCUCAGGCUACGGCAUGGGAGGAGGAUACAGCAGCGGUGGCUCUUCAGGAUCAAAGAGCAUUAUUGGAGGUGGAGGCAGUGGAGGGUCCUCUGGGUGCUGCGGUGGUGGAUCCAGCAGUGGUGGGUCAUCAGGAGGCAAGAUCAUAAUUGUAGGAGGUGGAAGCAGCAGCGGUGGAUCCUCUGGAUGCUGUGGUGGAGGCUCCUCUGGCUACGGCAUGGGAGGAGGAUACAGCAGCGGUGGCUCUUCAGGAUCAAAGAGCAUUAUUGGAGGUGGAGGCAGUGGAGGGUCCUCUGGAUGCUGCGGUGGAGGAUCCAGCAGUGGUGGAUCCUCAGGAGGCAAGAUAAUAAUUGUUGGAGGUGGAAGCAGCAGCGGUGGAUCCUCUGGAUGCUGUGGUGGGGGCUCCUCAGGCUACAGCAUGGGAGGAGGAUCCAGCUACGGCAUGGGAGGAGGAUACAGCAGCGGUGGCUCUUCAGGAUCAAAGAGCAUUAUUGGAGGUGGAGGCAGUGGAGGGUCCUCUGGGUGCUGCGGUGGUGGAUCCAGCAGUGGUGGGUCAUCAGGAGGCAAGAUCAUAAUUGUAGGAGGUGGAAGCAGCAGCGGUGGAUCCUCUGGAUGCUGUGGUGGAGGCUCCUCUGGCUACGGCAUGGGAGGAGGAUACAGCAGCGGUGGCUCUUCAGGAUCAAAGAGCAUUAUUGGAGGUGGAGGCAGUGGAGGGUCCUCUGGGUGCUGCGGUGGUGGAUCCAGCAGUGGUGGGUCAUCAGGAGGCAAGAUCAUAAUUGUAGGAGGUGGAAGCAGCAGUGGAGGAUCCUCUGGGUGCUGCAGUGGGGGCUCCUCAGGCUACAGCAUGGGAGGAGGAUACAGCAGCAGUGGCUCUUCAGGAUCAAAGAGCAUUAUUGGAGGUGGAGGCAGUGGUGGUUCCUCUGGAUGCUGCGGUGGAGGAUCCAGCAGUGGUGGAUCCUCAGGAGGCAAGAUAAUAAUUGUUGGAGGUGGAAGCAGCAGCGGUGGAUCCUCUGGAUGCUGUGGUGGGGGCUCCUCAGGCUACAGCAUGGGAGGAGGAUCCAGCAGCAGCAGUGGAGGAUCUGGCCAGAAGAUCAUUGUGAGCUCUGGAGGUGGAGGAGGUGGCUCCUCAGGAUGCUGCUGCAGUGGGGGCUCUGGCAGUGGCAGUGGCGGGUCCUCCCAGUCCAUGCAGCAGAAAUGCCCCAUUGUCAUUCCCAGCACCCAGGGCCAUCAGACCAAGCAGGCCUGCCCCUGGCCCCCCAGCCACAAGUAACAGCCCUGGCAGCUCGGAGCUCAGCACCAACAGCCCUGCCUCUGCCAUGGCACCGCUUUCCCUCCCAGGCCUGGCUGUUUUCCAGCUUCCUCUCAGCGUGUCCUCUUCUCCUCUCAUCCCUUGGUGCCGCCUCCCCAUGCCAUGAACUCCAGGAUCAUCAGCCUUUUGCCCUGCUGCUGGUGUUGGGACGUCUUUGAUCAGACACUUCUGCUUUUUCAAACAGCUAAUAAAUGUAAUCAUAUCGCAAAGCAU